UUCAGAAAUUCAGGAUAUAACAGUACUCACAGGAGCACAAAGAGGAGCUGCUUGAAUCUUGGACACAAAAUGGUUUCUAGACUUUAUUUUCCAUUCUUCUUGAUGGGGAUCAUGUGUGCAGGCGCGCAGGAAUUAGAUGAAAAACAUCCAGGUUGCACUGAAAUGAUGAACGAAGGUACUGGGAAAGAAAAUACAUUGCAGUUCUACUACGACGAGAAAAUCCAACGUUGCAUCCCCUUCUUCUACAAAGGAGAGGGCGGCAACAGCAACCGGUUCACCACCGAAAUGCAGUGCCUGGAAAAAUGUUCCUCACAGUAUCGUGAGCUGUAUCCAGAAGGAGAUGCAGUGUGCACUUUAGACAUGGACCCAGGCAGUUGUUCUGCCAGACUUUUAAGGUUUUACUACAGCAAAGAGGAGAAGGUCUGCCGCCUGUUUCUUUAUGGAGGCUGUCAAGGAAAUGGCAACCAAUUUGAGAGUAAAGAAGCUUGUGAAAGCACGUGUCGAGCAAGGUCUGGAAGGACUUUUGGACAAGCUUCUAAUCCUGAUGAGCAAACGGUGGACAUGGGUUUGAUUGUGGGCAUUCUGGGAGGUGUUGUGUUUGCCGUGGCAAUGGUUGCUACUAUUGCACUAUUUGUGGUCCAAAGGAAAGCGAAACAUACCAACAUGAAGAAAGUGCCCACAACUGAUGUUGAGCUGAGAUGAGCUAGACAAACAGAAGGCCAGAGCUUUGUGUGUGUGUGUGUGUGUGUGUGUGUGUGUGUGUGUGUGUGUGUGUGUGUUCUUUUGUAUGACCUUUUUAUUAUCCAACUGGAUACUUCAUGAGAAAUAUAAAUCGUAGCUGUUCAUUAUGUGCUAUAUGCUGGUGUAAAAACCCCAAUAAAAACUAUAAUAGAAAGUUGCCUUCAUAUGGAAAAAUAGCACAGCAUUAGUUUGGUAAAUGAGUCUAAUUUGGGUUUUAGAAUUAGAAAUGUUAGAUUAAUUUAACUGCUGCAACACUUGUAAAUGUAUUGUUCAACAGUAAAGUUCUGUAUGAUGUAAUAUCUUUAGAAUAAGGGUUUGUUUUUACCUAAAAAAUAAAGUUUGUGAACUGUU